UGUCUCUGGCUCUCCGCACGGGACUCAGCCUCAACUGGGCGCACUAAACAUACCCGCCUUGUUCCAGACAGGAGGCGGGCAUAGGGGCCUGAGAUUUCUGACGCAGAGAUGUGCCUGUACAGGAUCUCUCGGUAUAACGCUCAGAGGGCGCUCGACAUUCCAUGCGAGCGCACGCUAGUAGCUCUGCAUCCUCGCUUCCUGACACGAUGCUCAUCCCCAUCAAGUUGCAGAUCAGUAUCCAGUUCAACUUCCUCACGAUAACCAACCAUCAUCGCGCGCACACGCGGAGAGAGCCGCCGAAGCCGCCGACAAGGGCGAGCCCGGCGAAGCUGAAGAAAGAACGGAGACCAGCGGACAUGCAGAGCAUGCCAGAUCAUCAUUACGACCCGUACUAUCGUAGCCGGAUCGACGCAACGGUCUGUAGUUGCAAUAAAUCUGGCCGGUGCUCGACUUGCAGCUAUGUAUCGAGCAAAACAGGUGAGUGAGCUACAUAGACAAUAUGGAAAACUUCGCUUACUUCACGCUUAGCUUCAUCGAGGACUGUCGUGGAGACGCCUCGGAGGAGCGACCGUUUCUCGUGGAAGGCGAGCGCAUCGCCACCCACGACCGCUCUGUCAGGUGCCUGCUAUGGCAGCACGGACAGUAGCUCGACGAGUCGUUCCGCACGACCGCAAUCCGGUGGCACGGCCUUUACAAGUGACGUUUAAAUAAGGACUUCAUGAACAUGUACAAUCAUAUUGUAGUGCACACCUCGAAAGCUGAUGUCACUUCCCGUUGG